AUGUCUGACUCACCCAAGGUCCUCGUUGUUCUCACCUCUCACGACAAGCUGGGAGACACCGGGAAGCCCACGGGCUGGUACCUACCUGAGCUUGCCCACCCUUACUCCAUCCUAGCCAGCCACGGCUUCGACUUCGACUUUGCUUCCCCCAAAGGAGGCCCAGCCCCGGUUGAUCCAGCUUCCGUCGAAAACGCCGACGAAGAGUCAAAGGCUUUCUAUGCCAAGAACUCAUCCCUCUGGGAGGACACAGCACCUCUCCAAAGCUUCCUAGGACGCGCAGACGAAUAUGCAGCUCUCUUCUACCCUGGCGGUCAUGGCCCCGUCUUCGACUUAGUCGAGAACCCGACCUCCCAGACUCUGAUCCAGGAGUUCCUUGCUAAGGGGAAGGUUGUGGCCGCCGUGUGCCAUGGCGUUGCUGCGCUUCUGGGUGUCCAGGACCCAGAGUCUGCGGAUGGGACACCUUACCUAAAGAGUAAGGCUGUGACGGGGUUCUCCAAUGCUGAGGAGGAGGAUGUGGGAUUGGCUUCUGCUGUUCCUUUCUUGCUGGAGGAUAAGCUGAUUGAGGCUGUCGGGACAAAUGGUUCGUAUGAGAAGGCAGAGGACAAGUGGGCACAGAAGGUUGUGGUUGAUGGAAAGCUGAUUACCGGGCAAAAUCCAGCGAGUGCCAAGGGGGUUGCUGAAGCUAUUGUCAGGGCUGUGUGGGGAGCUUGA